UCGUGUAGUACGGUUGUACGUGAUCGAAAACGAUAUUUGUAAUAAUCAAAAUCGUUCGCGAUAGCAGUGCUUCUUAUUGAUAUAUAAGCUCGUACAUCUUUCAGUGGCUUUUGGUGUAAGGAAACACAAGUGUGACCUAUACUACCUAUACAAAAAUCAUGGCUGACAGUGGUAUCAAGCGUAAUAUUCCUAUCAAGCUGGGUGACUUCAGCGUAAUAGACACCGAAUUUUCCAACAUACGAGAACGCUUCGACGCCGAGAUGAGAAAGAUGGAGGACGAGAUGUCACGAUUCAGAAGCGAAUUGAUGAAUCGCGAAAGCAACAACUUCUUUAAGAGUACUACCAGUCGACAUCACACGAGCACCAGCGAACACCGUACCUCGACGACCUCGAAGAGCGAAGGUUGGGACAAGGUCGAUCCUGCAGCACCGCCAACGCGGUCCGCGUUCGACAGCUUCAAAAGCACCACAACGCAGAGCACUCAAAACAGUUCUCUCAGCCCCCCUCACGACUCGGCCUGGCUCGAUGGUUUGAACAGCCCGCUCAUUCAGGACGAAGGGGACAGCAAAUGCCUGAAACUUCGAUUCGACGUCUCCCAGUAUACGCCUGAGGAGAUCGUUGUCAAGACCGUGGACAACAAACUAUUGGUCCAUGCAAAACACGAAGAGAAGACAGAGAGUAAAUCGGUGUACAGAGAGUACAAUCGCGAAUUCCUGCUGCCCAAGGGAACCAAUCCCGAAAGUAUCAAGUCUUCGUUGAGCAAGGAUGGCGUGCUCACCGUCGAAGCUCCGCUUCCGGCGAUUGGUACAGGCGAGAAGCUUAUCCCAAUUGCGCAUCAGUAGAUGCCCAAUCGACCAGUUGAACGCACGAAAAAAACGAAUUUUUAAAAUCCCCUUCGAAAUUCCAUCAUUCGCGUAUCCAUUAGAUCGCUUCCUUCCUAUCUUUUCUAUGUGAAUCCAUCAAUUCCUGUAAAAUUCACUUUUUCUUUUUUUUUUUUUUUCGUAAUUUUCCUUUAUGUUUUCUUCAAGUUUCGUUUCUUUCCNUUUUUUUUUUUUUUUUUUUUUUUUUUUUUUUUUUUUUUUCAUUUUUUUCAUUCUUUCAUUCGCUGUGAACACCCGUUUUUUUCCCCCUAUCGUUCAAUUUACUCGAGCGAUAUAUACUCCUUUACUUUUUAAUUCGAAGGAACGUUACGAAUUUUUAUUUUUAUUUUUGUUUUUGUUUUUUUUUUCUUUUUUUCUUUUUUUUUUUAUUUCUUGAUUAAAACGAUCGAGAUUCUACAUCCAAUGUUCAAAUUUCGAGAUAAAAAAUGUGGAAAUUGGAUUAUAUAACAAAGAAGAAGAAAUAAAUAUAAUGAAAAAGCGAGGUUCGCAGCGAAACAUACCAAAUAUAUCUGCGAAUUAUAGUUUUUCUCCGCAAGAUAGAAGAACUCCGAAAUAUAGAAGAAAGUGUAUUCAAGCAUCUUUUAUCCUUCGAACAAGUCAAACAAAAUAUUCUAACAAUUCUAUAUCGGAUGAUAAGUAUCAAAUAUAAUGUUCAGCCUUUUUAGAAAUUUAUGUAUAUGUACAUAUAUAUAUAUAUAUUUAUAUAUUUUUUAAACGUAAAUUCAAAGUCUUUUAUGUUAAGAAACAAAACAUAACCUGAAAAUAUUUAUAAACAACGAUAAUCAAAUAUUAGAAAAAUGAGUUCUUUAUUCGAAGUAUAUAAGAUGUCAUAAAUACAUUUAGCAUCCAUGAAAUUUGUAUAAAAAGAUUACUCUAUACAUAUUUGAUAUGCAAUGUUUCUUUUUUCGAUCAGCUUUUUAUUGCUUUAUGUAUGUAUAUAUGUAUAUAUGUGUUUUUACGAUUGUAUCGACAGAUGGUAACUCCGAAUAACAAAAUCGAUUUAUUCGAAGAUCAAGUUAUGAUCAAAAAAAAAAAAAUACGAACAUAUAUAUAUAUAUACAUACAUAAAUAUUGAUAAUCAUAAUAUAAACGACGCAUGGACGUUGUGUAAUGGUAGGAAAAUGAAAGAUAUUUGAUAAAUUAUUCUCUUUUUGGUACCAAGUAGCUUUUUGACGCUUUGAUAUGAUACUUUCUUUUUAGAAGUAAUACUUUUUUCUUUGAAAACACGCAUUGCCUUUAAUAUAUAUAUAUAAAAAAAAAUAAAUAAAUAAAACAAAAAAAAAAAUAACUCGAUAGAUUGUGCUUCGUGAAAAAUUCGAACAACGUAGAAAAAAAUAUUGUGAAAUAUUGUGCACCAAGUUCGUCGAAAAAAAAGAAUAUGAUGCGCGAUCAUAACGCAAAAAAGGAAAGUGAUCUUUUGUGAAACGAAUAUAUGAAACGAUAAUUUAUGUAUGUGUUAGUUUUUAGGUGUAUUACAUUAAAAGACUAUAACACAAGAAUGCUUAAAAUAUGUUAAGCAUUGUAAUGAUUAUUAUUAUUAUUUAUGAAUAUUUUACUAUUAUCGAGAUACGUAUGAUGUUUAAAAGGUAAUGCGAAUAAUGUGAAAGUUUAAAUAAAAAUAAACUUUAAAGAUAA